AUGCUGCAAACUGUCAACAGCAUGUUCUCCGGAAUGCCGGGAUGGAUCAGAGCUGCUGCUGCUCCGGCUGCGAUGUGGCUCUUCCACACUCUGCUCUGCGUGGCCAGUAAGUCCUCUCACCCGCACCUCGGGGGGCUGCAGGGCACAGCUGUGACUGUCUCUCUGUCUGAUGGGGCUCCGUUAGAGCUAGAGCCGCCGAGGCCGUUUCCCCAUGGCACUCACGUGGGGCAGGUCCUCGGGUCUGAGUGUGGGCUGAUGAGGGUGAGGACCCUGUGGGAGACUGGGGCAGGUGUCUGCAUGGUCGAGGGCGAGUGUGGGCCGCCUCAGGGACCACCACCCAUCACCUCAGUGCCUUUUCCAGCAGGUGGCAUUGAUCAAACCCCUAGUGAGACCCAGGACCCUCCGAAGCCGAUGGGAGCUGAGAGCAAGCAGCAGCCCCUUGGCAGGAGACCACUUAGCCCACCGCUCAGCUCGGCUGCAGGAAGGGGCGGGAGCGGGGCCCAGCAGCUCCACCCCACCCCAAAUCGGGACACGCUGGGCCCUGGAGGCCUGGCCCCGCUGGCUGCCUUCAAUGUGGAUGUGACCCGGCCCUGGCUCACAGCCGAGGGAGGUGUCCCUUUUGUGCUCAGCUCUCUCCUGCACCAAGACCCCAGCACCAACCAGACCUGGCUCCUGGUCACCAGCCCCAGAACCAAGACGACACCAGAGCCCCUCCAUCGAUGUGUCCUUGCCCAGGAUAAAAUCCUUUGCCAUCCUGUAGAGGAUGUCCCCAACCCCAAGGGGAAGCACCGGGGAGUGACAGUUGCCCGGAGCCACCAUGGUGUUCUGAUAUGCAUUCAAGUGCUGGCCCGGCAGCCCCACAGCCUCAGCUCAGAACUCACAGGCACCUGCAGCCUCCUGGCCCCUGACCUCCGCCCGCAGGCUCAGGCCAACUUCUUCAACCUUGAAAACCUCCUGGAUCCAGAUGUGCGUGUGGACACUGGAGACUGCUACAGAAACAAAGACAGCAGCAGGGGAGAGGACAUGGACACAGCCAGGCGGCGCCGGGCGCUGGAGAGGGCGGAGGAGCAGGAGGAGGAGGAGGAGGAGGAGGAGGAAGCUGGUACGGAGAUUGCCAUCAUCCUGGAUGGCUCAGGAAGCAUCGAUCCCCCGGACUUCCAGAGAGCCAAAGACUUCAUCUCCAACAUGAUGAGGAACUUCUAUGAAAAGUGUUUUGAGUGCAACUUUGCCCUGGUGCAGUACGGGACAGUGAUCCAGACUGAGUUUGACCUUCGAGACAGCCAGGAUGUCAUGGCCACCCUCUCCAGAGUCCAGAACAUCACUCAAGUGGGGAAUGUCACCAAGACUGCCUCAGCCAUGCAACAUGUCUUAGACAGCAUCUUCACGGCAAGCCGCGGCUCCAGGAGAAAGGCAUCCAGGGUCAUGGUGGUGCUCACCGACGGCGGCAUAUUCGAGGACCCCCUCGACCUUGAGACAGUCAUCAGCUCUCCCAAGAUGCAGGGUGUUGAGCGCUUUGCCAUUGGGGUGGGGAAGGAAUUUAAGUCUGAGAGGCCAUUGAGGGAGCUGAACCUGAUCGCCUCAGACCCGGACGAGACCCACGCUUUCAAGGUGACCGACUACAAGGCGCUGGACGGGCUGCUGAGCAAACUGCGCCACGACAUUGUCCGCAUGGAAGGCACCGUUGGAGAUGCCCUUCACUACCAGCUGGCACAGAUUGGCUUCAGUGCCCAGAUCCUGGAUGAGGGGCAGGUGCUGCUCGGCGCCGUCGGGGCCUUUGACUGGUCGGGAGGGGCGCUGCUCUACGACACACGCAGCCGCCGGGGCCGCUUCCUGAACCAGACGGUGGCGGCGGCGGACGCGGAGGCUGCGCAGUACAGCUACCUGGGUUACUCUGUGGCUGUGCUGCACAAGGCCUGCAGCCUGUCCUACGUCGCGGGGGCUCCACGGUACAAACACCGCGGGGCCGUAUUUGAGCUCCAGGAGGGCAGAGAGGCCAGCUUCCUGCCGGUGCUGGAGGGAGAGCAGAUGGGGUCCUAUUUUGGCUCUGAGCUGUGUCCUGUGGAUAUCAACAUGGAUGGAACCACGGACCUCUUGCUGGUGGCUGCGCCGUUUUACCACGUUCGUGGAGAAGAAGGCAGAGUCUAUGUGUACCGUCUCAAUGAGCAGGAUGGUUCCUUCUCCCUGUCACGCAUGCUGAGUGGGCACCCUGGGUUCCCCAGUGCCCGCUUUGGCUUUGCCAUGGCGACUGUGGGGGAUAUCAGUCAGGAUAAGCUCACAGAUGUGGCCAUCGGGGCCCCCCUGGAGGGUUUUGCAGCAGAUGAUGGUGCCAGCUUCGGCAGUGUGUAUAUCUACAAUGGACACAGGGACGGCCUCUCCGCCAGCCCCUCACAGCGUAUCAGAGCCUCACUGGUGGCCCCAGGACUCCAGUACUUCGGCAUGUCCGUGGCUGGUGGCUUUGAUAUCAGUGGCGACGGCCUUGCUGACAUCACCGUGGGCACUCUGGGCCGGGCAGUUGUGUUCUGCUCCCGGCCUGUGGUUCGCCUGAAUGUGUCCAUGGCCUUCACCCCCAGUGCGCUGCCGGUCGGAUUCAAAAGCAACGUGAAUGUCAAUUUAUGUUUUGCGAUCAGCUCUGAGUCAGGCCUCAGAGGGGCAUCUCUCAACUUCACACUGGACGUGGAUGUGGGGAAGCAGAGGAAAAGGCUGCAAUGUUCAGAUGAGAGCGCCUGUCGGGGCCGCCUGAGGGAGUGGAGCAGCGGGUCCCAGCUUUGUGAGCUCCUCCAGCUCAACCGCACAGAGGGAGAGCUCCAUGAGGAGGACUCCUUCUCCAAUGCCAGCAUCAAGGUCAGCUACCAACUUGAGACCCCUGAGGGACAGAGGGACCGUCCCCAGCCCAUCCUCGACCACUACACUGAAGCCUUUGCCAUCUUCCAGCUGCCCUAUGAAAAGGACUGCAAGAAUAAGCUGUUUUGUGUUGCAGAAUUACAGUUGGCCACCACCGUCUCUCAGCAGAAUUUGGUGGUGGGUCUCACAAAGGAGCUGACCCUGAACAUUACCCUAACUAACUCUGGGGAAGAUUCCUACAUGACAAGCAUGGCCUUGAAUUAUCCCAGAAACCUGCAGUUUAAGAGGAUGCAAAAGCCUCCCUCUCCAAAUAUUCAGUGUGAUGACCCUCAGCCGGUGGCUUCUGUCCUGGUCAUGAGCUGCAAGAUUGGUCAUCCCGUCCUCAAGAGGUCGUCUGCUCAUGUGUCGGUAGUUUGGCAGCUAGAGGAGAAUGCCUUUCCAAACAGGACAGCAGACAUCACUGUGACCGUCACCAAUUCCAAUGAAAGGCGGUCUUUGGCCAGACAGACCCACACCCUUCAAUUCAGGCACGGCUUUGUCGCAGCGCUUUCCAAACCAUCAGUAAUGUACGUGAACACAGGCCCGGGGCUUUCUGACCACAAAGAAUUCCUCUUCCAUAUACAUGGGGAAAACCUCUUUGGAGCGGAAUACCAGUUGCAGAUUUGUGUCCCAACCAAAUUUCGAGGUCUCCAGAUUGUAACGGUGAAGAACCUGACGAAGACUCAGGCCUCCACGGUGUGCACCCCGAGUCAGGAGCGCGCUUGUGGGUACAGUCCGGUUCAGCACGUGGAUGAAUGGCAGUCAGUGAGCUGUGCCAUCGCUUCGGAUAAAGAAAAUGUAACCGUGGCUGCAGAGAUCUCCUUGGACCAUUCUGAGGAGUUACUAAAAGAUGUGACUGAACUGGAAAUCCUUGGUGAAAUAUAUUUCAACAAAUCUCUAUAUGAGGGGCUGAAUGCAGAGAACCACAGAACUAAGAUCACGGUCAUCUUCCUGAAGGAGGAGAAACCCUCUUCUUUGCCUGUCAUCAUCCAGGGCAGUGUUGGUGGACUUCUGGUUUUGAUUGUGAUUCUAGCCAUCCUGUUCAAGUGUGGCUUUUUUAAAAGAAAAUAUCAACAACUGAACUUGGAGAGCAUAAGGAAAGCCCAGCUGAAUGCAGAGAAUCUGUUUGCAGAAGAGAAUUAGGACUUCGCCAUUACCAUUGGGAGGGGCUAACAUCCAGUCCUGGGAUGUCGAGACCCGGGUCCUUCUGAUGACUUUUUCCUUCAGGAUGACCUAGAGCAGCAUCAAGCUGUUUGGAGAAUAUUAGUUUUUAACCAUACACUGUCCCAAAAGUGUCUGUGCAUUGUGCAAAAAGUAGACUUGGGUGUUAAAUAAAGUUACACUUUCUUU